AUGUCUCUUUUAGGGACGAUAAAUCCUAAUCUUAAUCCAAGCCGCUCGGUAGGAGCUCGAGGGUCCCAGAAUCCUGACGAGAACGAAGUGCAAGCAGGAAUAUCCCAUGGAGUCGAAGAGAUCGACGAUGAACCACAGCCGCACACAGGAAACGAUGACACCAAGAAAUCCAAGACGCUGCCACAUUCGGGCAGCCUGAGCACGGCGGAAACGGCCUUGGAGAAGGGUAGCGAUGAUGGCAGCAGUGUGGACGAAGAGGUAGACGAGGAAAUCACUCGCCUGGCGCAACGGUUAACUCGCAACUCGACCAGGUUCUCCGCAAGCGGGAACCUGGAGAACCCGUUCUUGGAGACGAAGGAGGAGUCGACAUUGAAUCCGCACAGCCCCAACUUUAAGUCGAAGCAUUGGAUGAAGAACUUGCUCGCCCUCGCGUCCCGUGAUGCAGAUGGAGCGCCUAGGCGUGAAGCGGGUGUUGCUUUCCGGAAUCUCAGUGUGCAUGGGUUUGGUAGUCCGACUGACUAUCAGAAGGACGUCUUCAACUCCAUUUUGGAAAUCAGCACCCUUUUCCGCGCCAUCACUGGAUCCGGCAAACAGAAAAUCCAGAUCCUUCGUGACUUCGAUGGCCUCGUCAAGAGCGGCGAGAUGUUGGUUGUCCUGGGACGGCCAGGAAGUGGUUGUUCUACCUUUUUGAAGACUCUCGCCGGUGAAAUGAAUGGAAUCCACACAGAUCCCAAUUCCGAGUUGAAUUACCAGGGUAUUCCAGCGGAAAAAAUGCGCAAACAGUUCCGGGGCGAAGCUAUAUAUACAGCUGAAACAGACGUUCAUUUCCCCCAGCUUACUGUUGGUGACACGUUGAAGUUUGCUGCGCUGGCUCGCUGCCCCCGAAACCGUAUCGAAGGCGUUUCGAAGGAACAGUAUGCGGUACACAUGCGAGACGCCGUGAUGGCAAUGCUCGGCCUUACGCAUACGAUCAACACAAGAGUUGGUAAUGAUUUCGUCCGUGGUGUCAGUGGUGGUGAGCGCAAGCGUGUCAGUAUCGCCGAAGCGACGCUUAGUGGAAGUCCUCUUCAGUGCUGGGAUAACAGUACACGUGGCCUGGAUAGUGCAAACGCCCUGGAAUUCUGCAAGACAUUGAACUUGAUGACCAAAUAUGCUGGUGUCACUGUUGCUGUCGCUAUUUAUCAGGCUUCCCAGAGCGCAUAUGAUGUCUUCGAUAAAGUUACUGUUUUAUAUGAAGGCAGGCAGAUCUAUUUCGGCCGCACGGAUGAGGCCAGAGACUUUUUUACCUCCAUGGGUUUCGAGUGCCCUGAUCGUCAAACGACUGCGGAUUUCCUGACCUCUCUGACCAGCCCAUCGGAGCGCGUCGUGAAGAAAGGCUAUGAAGGCAAAGUUCCACGCACCCCUGACGAGUUUGCCGCGGCCUGGAAGAACAGUGACGCAUACCAGAAGUUGAUGAGAGAGAUUGACGAGUACAACCAGCAAUACCCAGUUGGUGGCGAGUCGCUUGGGAAGUUCGUUGAAUCCCGCAAAGCCAUGCAGGCCAGAAAUCAACGAGUCGGUUCUCCGUACACGGUCUCCCUUUGGGAACAGAUUAAACUAUGCAUGAUCCGUGGCUUCCAGCGUCUUAAGGGCGAUGCUAGUUUGACCUUGUCCCAGUUGAUUGGAAACUUCAUCAUGUCACUUAUCAUCGGAAGUGUCUUCUUCCAAAUGAAGUCGGACACGUCUAGUUUCUUUUCUCGCGGAGCGUUGCUCUUCUUCGCUGUGUUACUCAACGCAUUCGGAAGUGCGCUCGAGAUCUUGACCUUGUACGCCCAACGCCCUAUUGUCGAGAAACAAUCCCGCUAUGCCAUGUAUCAUCCAUUCGCGGAAGCUAUUGCUUCGAUGCUUUGUGACAUGCCGUACAAGAUCCUUAAUGCUAUUAUUUUCAACAUCACGCUUUAUUUUAUGACUGGUCUUCGUCAAGAAGCGGGCGCAUUUUUUGUGUUCAUCCUUUUUUCAUUUAUCACAACCUUGACCAUGUCCAUGCUGUUCCGUACGAUGGCCUCUUCCUCUAGGACACUCUCACAGGCUUUGGUGCCCGCCGCCAUUCUUAUUCUAGGUUUGGUUAUCUAUACUGGUUUCACCAUUCCUACGAGAAACAUGCUGGGUUGGUCGCGAUGGAUGAAUUAUAUUAACCCAAUCGCCUAUGGGUUUGAGAGCUUGAUGGUCAACGAAUUCCAUGGCCGAGUCUUCCCUUGCUCUCCAAAUGAAUUUGUUCCAUCUGGUGAUGGAUAUACCGAUCGGGCCUACCAGGUCUGCUCUCAAGUUGGAGCCAUUGCUGGUCAAACCGAGAUUGAUGGGACUACCUUUCUCGCCGAAAGUUACCAAUAUUAUGCAAGCCACAAGUGGAGGAAUCUGGGUAUUAUGUUUGGUUUUAUGUUCUUCUUCAUGUUUACUCAUCUUGCUACCACGGAGUUUAUCUCGGAGGCCAAGUCCAAGGGUGAAGUUUUGCUUUUCCGCCGUGGUCACGUUUCCCAUGCUGCCGAUGAUGUUGAGAUGAGCAACCAAGUGAAUGCCUCGGAGAAGACAGAUGAAUCCGGCAGUGAAUUAUCUGCCGCCAUUCAGAGACAGGAAGCUAUUUUCCACUGGCAGGAUGUGUGCUACGACAUUAAGAUUAAGAAUGAGCCUCGGCGCAUUCUUGACCAUGUUGACGGCUGGGUGAAACCUGGCACAUGUACUGCUCUCAUGGGUGUUUCUGGUGCUGGUAAAACAACACUUCUAGACGUCCUUGCAACCCGUGUCACUAUGGGUGUUGUUAGUGGUGAGAUGUUGGUUGACGGCCGUCCUCGCGAUCAGUCUUUCCAGCGGAAAACGGGUUAUGUUCAGCAACAGGAUCUUCACCUUCACACUACUACUGUGCGAGAGGCACUGCGCUUCAGCGCUAUUCUGCGCCAGCCCGCCCAUGUCAGUCGCCAGGAAAAGCUCGAUUACGUCGAGGAGGUUAUCAAGUUGCUUGGUAUGGAAGGGUACGCUGAUGCGGUUGUUGGUGUCCCCGGUGAAGGUCUUAAUGUUGAACAACGGAAGCGUCUUACGAUCGGAGUUGAAUUGGCGGCAAAGCCUCAGCUCCUCCUAUUCCUUGAUGAGCCCACUUCAGGUCUUGACAGUCAAACUUCCUGGUCCAUUCUUGAUCUUAUCGAUACUUUGACCAAGCAUGGCCAGGCUAUCCUUUGCACUAUUCACCAGCCUUCGGCAAUGCUCUUCCAACGUUUUGAUCGCCUCUUGUUUCUUGCCAAGGGUGGAAAGACUGUGUACUUCGGUGAAAUUGGCGACAAGUCAUCUACUCUUGCCAGUUAUUUCGAGAGAAAUGGAGCACCGAAAUUGCCAGCUGACGCCAAUCCUGCUGAAUGGAUGCUUGAAGUUAUUGGUGCCGCUCCCGGAUCCCACAGUGAUAUUGACUGGCCUGCUGUCUGGCGUGACAGUCCUGAGCACCAAGGGGUUCUUGACCACCUCGCCGAAUUGAAGUCUACCCUUUCACAGAAACCGGCUGAUCACUCCGAGGCCGAUCCCGGCAGCUACAACGAGUUUGCCGCUCCUUUCACAGUGCAGCUAUAUGAGUGCUUGGUCCGCGUGUUCUCUCAGUACUGGCGCACUCCAGUGUACCUCUACUCCAAGGCCAUCCUCUGUAUUCUUACCGCUCUGUACAUUGGAUUCUCUUUCUUCCGCGCGCAGAACAGCAAGCAGGGUCUUCAGAACCAGAUGUUCAGUAUUUUUAUGCUGAUGACCAUCUUCGGUAACCUUGUGCAGCAAAUCAUGCCCAACUUCUGUACCCAGCGUUCGUUGUAUGAAGCUCGCGAGCGGCCUUCCAAGACAUACUCCUGGCAGGCAUUUAUGACCGCCAAUAUUAUUGUUGAGCUCCCAUGGAACGCAUUGAUGAGCGUCUUUAUCUAUGUCUGCUGGUACUACCCUAUUGGUCUUUACCGGAACGCUGAACCCAAUGAUGCCGUUACUGAACGUGGCGCACUAAUGUGGCUACUUAUUCUAACCUUCCUCCUUUUCACCUCAACAUUCGCACACAUGAUCAUCGCAGGUAUCGAGCUUGCCGAGACCGGUGGAAACCUCGCCAACCUGUUCUUUUCCCUGUGCUUAAUCUUCUGCGGUGUCCUGGCGACACCUGAAGUGCUCCCUGGUUUUUGGAUCUUCAUGUAUCGCGUCUCGCCAUUUACCUAUCUAGUUUCGGCAAUGCUAUCAACCGGUGUCUCUGGCACGAAAGCUAUCUGCGAGACCGUUGAAUACCUGCAUUUCUCGCCGCCGCCCAACUCCACCUGUGCCGAUUACAUGUCCAACUACAUCGACAAAGUGGGCGGAUAUCUAGAUAACCCCAGCGCCACCAGUGACUGCGCAUUCUGUGUUAUCGACAAAACGGACACGUAUUUGGCUCAGGUGCACAGUCAUUAUUCCGACGCAUGGCGCAAUUUUGGCCUCAUGUGGGUCUAUAUUAUUUUUAAUAUCUGCGGAGCGGUGUUCAUCUACUGGCUUGCUCGUGUGCCCAAGGGCAAGAGAACUAAGAACUAG